GUCAUCGGUUUGUCACCGUAAACAAAAAAAAAAAACAAACUGUCUGAGUGGGCGGUUUUACUUUCUUGUGACAAUAAAUAUGACGCUACCCGAAUUUUUUGGUUGUACACUGAUUGCGUUUGGAACACCGUUUUCACUAUUCGUGUUCACCAUUGCCAAUGAUUCUAUGCGCAUUAUAAUACUCAUAGCGGCCGCCUUCUUUUGGCUGCUUUCGCUGCUGCUAUCGUCGCUGCUGUGGUUUGCGAUUGUUCCACUGCGCGACGUAUUGGCUUUUGGUGUCGUGUUUUCGGUGCUGUUCCAGGAAUGCUUUCGCUACAUCAUAUAUCGCAUCCUGCGUAGCACAGAGCACGCCUUGCACGCCGUUGCGGAAGAUACGCGUAUCACGGAAAACAAACAUAUUUUGGCCUACGUUUCAGGGCUAGGAUUUGGCAUCAUAUCGGGUUUGUUUGCGUUAGUUAAUGUGCUGGCGGAUAUGACUGGACCUGGCACAAUGGGCCUCCGGGGUGGCUCUGAAAUGUUCUUCGUAACGUCGGCAGUCCAAGUACUUUCAAUUAUACUGCUGCAUACAUUCUGGAGCGUCAUCUUCUUCAAUGCUUUCGAUACAAAUAAUUAUCUACAUAUUUUCUAUGUCGUUGGUACACACCUCUUCGUCUCCCUAUUGACGCUUCUCAAUGCGGAUGAGCUGUACUGGGCGAGUCUCUUGCCAAACUAUAUAGUAACGAUUCUCACUGCUGUUUUAGCCUUUAAAGUUGCGGGAGGCACCAGCAAAAGCUUCAAAAGAUUUGUGAUGUGCCGAUAAUUCUGGAG